AUGCCUCUCUACAAAUCCUUGAUAAUACUGUUCGUGACAGGCUGCUUGCCUGCUGUCUUACCCAUUUCACAAAUACCGUCCUUCUUGAAGAUAUGUCAUCGAAGCGAUCCACAUCUUGGCGAGUGUAUAAAGGAGAGUGUGAAUUCAUUGAAACCAUACUUGAAGAAUGGAAUACAGGUGCUUGGAAUUCCGUCGUGUGAACCGUUUCGCUUGGAGGAAAUCGACAUCGAUCAAUCUUCCGGGCCAAUUUACAUUCGCGCCAAGUACAACAACGUGUCCAUAUUUGGGGGCAGUAAUAUCAUACCUAAGAGCAUCAAGGUCGAUUUUGACAAAAAUCGAAUCAGACUGAAGCUCUACAUUCCACGACUGGAGAUGAUCGCUAAUUACAGUCUGAAUGGCAGGAUCAUGUUGCUACCGAUUAGAGGAAAUGGUUUAGGACGUGGAAAUUUUACAGACAUCGAUGCAAUCGUCACUCUACAAUUGCAACGGUACAGUAACGAGAGGACAGGGCUGGUUCAUCAGCGUGUGGAGGACAUUUACGUGGACUUCAACAUUGGUCACGCGACAGUUCACUUGGACAAUUUAUUCGACGGUGAUGAAACGCUGUCCGCCGCGAUGAAUCUUUUCCUGAAUGAUAAUUGGAAGACGGUGAUAGCAGAAAUCAGGCCAAAAUUGGAGGAAACUAUAGCUGAUAUAGUGAAGAAUUUCGCGGACUCGAUUUUCACUGUGUUUCCAGAGGAUGUAUUACUUCCACCUUGA